AUGUCUAGCCUACCAUCGCCGCCCAGCAAAUACCUCUGUCUCACCGUCUGCGAGUACCGCAAGCCCGGGAUGAGCGAAGAAGCCUAUCGGCACCACAUGACCAAAGGUCUGAUGGUCAAGUACGGCAUCAAGCGUUGGACAGUGAUUCACAAUACCACUGCCACACGUGAGCUCAUGACCGAGCUCUAUGACUCGCAGAUGGGGAACGUGGCCGACUUUGACUGUUUUAGCCAAGUGGUGUUCGAAAGCCUAGAUGACUACAAGCGAAUGAAGGAAGAUUCAUGGUAUAAGGAGUGUUUGUUCCAAGACCACGAGGAGUUCGCGGAUACUACGCGGAGCAAGUGA